CAACGCAGUACUGAAAAAAUUAAUGCUAAUAUCCAAUCCGAAUCACCUCACUUCGAUUUUCCCCCCUGCUUAUUCACUGAUUAUAUUUCCGCACCAGAAAAAAAAAAAAAUUAUGGAAUAUGGAUGCACUCGGAGCAGAUGGCAGCAGGACUUGUAGCCAACAGGAAGAGCUAGCCUGCUAGCUUUAUAACCAGUUUCACUAAGGACAAACCGAUCAGAAAUUUGAAGGAAAGCCCGUCAGCAUGUUGAUGGUGGGCGACCAUGGAGGGAUCCUAUAGAAUGAGUGUGAGAGAGCUGUGUGAGACAGAUGAUCUGGCCACGAGUCUGGUGCUGGAUCCCUUACUGGGGUUCAGCACCCACAAGAUGAACAUAAGUGCACCUCCAGAGAUUCGGCGAUGGGGCUACCUCAGAGAGACACUGCUGCGGUUCAAACGCACACAUGACUUCCAGACAACCUUUGAUGCUCUGCUCGAUGGGGAAUGGGUCAGUGACUAUUUCACUGGGCUGGGUUCACACCGACAGGAGUUGUUGAAGCAGCAUAUGUAUCGCUAUAUGACAGCAUUUCUGUUGGACAGUGGAGUGAACAUUGAGCCGUGUAACCGCUAUUCCUCGGAGACUAAUGGAGCCAAAAUCACAUCCACCCGACACUGGUUUGUGGGAGAGCGGGUGGAGGUUCUGCAGGGCUGCAUAGCUGAGCUGAGCCCUGAAGACAGUGCAGUGCUGCGGGCAGGAGUGAAUGACUUCAGUAUCAUGUACUCGACACGCAAGAGAUGUGCUCAACUUUGGCUGGGGCCUGCUGCCUUUAUCAAUCAUGACUGCAGACCCAAUUGUAAGUUCGUCCCUGGAGAUAAGAAUGGAGCUUGUGUUAAAGUGAUGCGACCCAUCUCACCAGGGGAAGAGAUUACCUGUUACUAUGGGGACAGCUUUUUUGGGGAGAAUAAUGAAAUGUGUGAAUGUUGCACCUGUGAGAGGAGAGGAGAGGGAUCUUUUGAGAAGAGAGACAAGUUGCCAGACUUGGUUUGCUCCAGUGCUCCAGGUUCAGGACAGAAAUAUAAGUUCAGAGAGACUGAUCUGAGGCUUAACAGAAAAAGGGGAAAUGGCACUCCAACUCCAAAGCCAUUUCUCACUGUAUCACACCCUGCCUUGCCUAUGUGGAACACAUUUUCCCAGCGGACAAAGAGGAACACCCUUGUUUUGAGCAGUAAGAUGAGAAAGACUCAUGGGCAGAGGAGGGAGGAGCUUCGCAAACAGGUGGAGAAGAGGCACAACCUUUUAUCAUCUUUGUCUCACCUUGGACUUAGGGAGCUAAGGGUUUGCCUCUAUCAGCACAGUGUAAAAUUCCUGCUAAGCUGUAGGAACCCCACAAGCAAAGAACGGACCCUGUUGCACCUAAUUGAGAAGGAGAGAACAAAACCUGAGAGGAUCAAAAGGAACAUGAAUGAAUCUGUCCCUCCAUCACCCAGUAAUGCAAACAAAAAUGGAUCAGAGGAGAGAAAGGAUACAGAUGGAGACAUGUUAAAUGGAGACUCUGUCAUUAGGUUCAAACCAUUUACUCUUGGAUGCAUUUCCAGAAUCCCUGAAAGAGACGGCAUGAAAGCCAAGGGAUGUAAUGCUGAUGCUUCAUCUGUCAGAAUUGUCCACAAGAUGGCCAUUUCCUCAAGGACCAGGAACAUUCUUCGGAGUCGUCUGAGCAGUUUCCGAACAAGCAAUAGGUCUAAACUCUCCAUAUUCAACAAAAAGCGGACCAGACUGAUCAAGCAUAACCCUAAACUCCCUACAGGAAAAAGAGAAUGCUUUGUCUUACAGGCACAAGUAGGGAGACUGCAAAGAGGAAGUGAGGUUGAAUCCAAAAAUAUCCCCAAUACUGUUUUAACCCCUGGUAAACCUAGUACUGAUAAGCAUAUACAUACCGGGGAGACUGAAACUAAUGGUGACAAAUCAUCACAAACAGAGAGCACAGUGAUCAGUGAGGUGCAGCAGAGAUUCUUUAGGGAUCACCUCAGGGUGGUGGCUGGCGGCGGGAGACACAUCAGCGGUUCCAGUGCUACUAGGGAAGGUGAUGUUAGUUCUUGUGUAGCUUUAGAGACCUCAGGGGAUAACAAGCAAAACCACAGGCAGUCUGCCACUUCUAGUACUAUAAGCAUUACUCCGUCCUCAUCUUCACAAUAUUUUCAUAAUCCUGUCUCUCUGCUCUCAGGCUUAAAUCGUGACCUCAGAGUAAGUCUGGUCAGGGUAGCUAUCCCAGGAGAAGCCAAGGCUGAAAGUACAGGUCAGAUGCAGGCAGACAGUGGAGGAGACAAAGUUAUCACACCACCAGCAGCAGCAUCGGUGCUGCAAAGCAUGGAGUUAAAUGGGAGCAAAGAAACCAUUAGACAAGGUAAGAAGGGGGUGAAGGAGAUGUAUUUCACACCAAUAAAUUUGGAGAGUGAAGAUAAGUACUUGAAAGUAACAUGUGAUUUCCUACCAUGUGGUUCAGAGAAAAAAAACGUUAAAACGCUACCUGUUGUUAAAGAACUUGUAGAUGUGUGUGGUAAAGGUAGCCUCAGUGAGCAUGAAAUUGAAGGUAAUCAAGUUCGAGAUAAUGACAUUGUAACGGUUGCAUCUGUUGAGGUCACUAUUCCAAAAAAUUCUGAAUAUGCUACAAGACAUACGCUUGAGAAUGCUUUAAUAAAGCAAAAAGGUGCAUCUAAGGAUAAAAAACAACCAAGUGUUAAGAGCACACCUGAAGUGCAAGGUAAGAAAGAGAGCAGUUUUAAGGUAAUUGAUCAAGGAAAAGAUUUAUAUAGGAAAGAAAUAACAGAGUAUUUUAGAAGCAAGACAAUUGUCAUGAAAAAGGCGAGAGUACUACUUUCAGAUAUUAGGAAGAGUUUGAGUGGCCAGAUUAGUCAACAAAUUAAGGAUGCUAAUGGUCGUCACCCUGCACUUUUGAACUCUCCAUCCAGUUACAAGAGUAAAGUAGCUGAUAAUAUGAAGACACGAUCACCUGAUGCUAAUAAAGAGAGGAAGGACAUGGACAAACAAGAUGCACUCAAUAAGAAAAAUGGGCACCCUAAUCAGGAAUUCACUCCCUUUAAUCAGUCAAAAAUCAGUAAGUUUCAAAUGAGACGGACUGAAAACAGUUUGCUUUCCUCUGAGGCUCUGUUGAUGAGCAGAGUUUCUCUGGAAAACAGUCCCCAGAGCAAUAUUCCCCUAAAGAAACGUGCAUUUCGAGAAUCGCUUGAUACCGACCCAGAUCAGGAUAACAAUGUUCCUGCAGCAACACAAUUUACAGAUGCCAAUAAUGAAACGGAAGCCAAGCUAUACAAUCUGUCUCCUAAGCCAAGCGACGACAGCAGUGUGGAAAAAAAAGAGCAGAAAUGUCCAAUAUCAGAAUCGAGCUCAACUCUCAGAGACAAUGGAACAAAAAAGCGUGGAUCAUCCAGAUUGAUAAAAAAUUCAUCAAAACAACGCUGCAGCGGUCGUUUAAGGGCUCAGACUGUAACAGUACAAAGCAAGGCUAGAGGAUAUGGAGAUAAUACAAGUAAUGUAUCUGUAGCUGAGAGAAAAUUCACUAAACCUAAGAAAUUAACAUCCAGAAUUGAUGAAAAAGUGGAGUGGAAUAAGACUGCAAUGGAGGGGAGUCAAGCAGAAUGUGAGAAAAAAUUAAAAGGACAAACAGAAGGACAGACAACGGAAGGGUCAGGGCUCUGUGAGAUAAUGGAUAAUACAGCAGUUAACAUUACAAAUGAGUCUACCUCAAAAGUUUCUGAUGAGACCGAGGAAGAUCAGAAGCUAAACUUCAGAAUCCGCCUUAAGAGGAAAAGGGGAAAACAGUGGGAAAUGGAGAAUACCGACGAAGAAGAAACAGUUGUGGACAAAUCAAGCCCACAGCAACGCUUUGUUGCAGUUGACCCUUUUAGGGCCAUUUUGGAUUCUGUCUCAAUUUUAAAUGCAGAAAUGGAGAGGAUUCGGUCUCAUGGGGAGGCAGAUAAUGGCAUAGGUUUAGAAAAAGCCACCAAAGCAGUCCAAGAUGUGCUGGAGCAUUGCAGAAUGGAAUGUGCACCUAAGCCAAGGAAAAGACAACGAAAAGUUAGCACACCGAAAAACAGCCAUGAUGUUACAGAGGAGCUAAUACAACAAAACCAACCUGGUCUAAAAGUUGAAGUAGACAUUGAUGACAUUAAACCAUUACCUCCUAUUCGAUUGUGCAGGAGGGCUGAAGGCAAAUGGGAGGUGCAGUGGAACAAAGCUCAGAAACAUGAUGGGAACAAGCAAACAAAGGAUUCAGCACACAUGGAACCAAAUAAAUUAAUAUAUGUCCCUUCUAAAAUGGCAAUAUUAGAACAAAUGCCUCACAGAAAAAUUAAAGAAGAAAAUCUGUCCCCUUGCCAGGAAGUGCAUAUUUGUAACAAGGGCACAGAGACCUUCAAAGAUCCACUGAGUUUUGAGACAGCACCUCAGCCAUUAUCCCUUUCACCUUUGUCACUUUAUUCUCCUUGCUAUGAGGGUCUGACAGGAGUUCGUUAUGUUGGUGGCAGUGUUCAAGCAAAAGAGGCUGUUGGAGAGAAAAUGGCCUCACAGAAUAUUGAUGGGAACGAGACUCUUAAGACUAUAGUUAGUAAAACUGAGAGUAAAGGAACGACUGAUGCUUCCUUGAGUCACAAUUUAUUUCAGAUUAAUAAAAGUCUUUCAAGAUUGCAGGCUCUGAGUCAGGUAUCUGAAAAAAGUGUGCCCACUAACACCAGUGUAACAUCCUCUCAGAUUCAGUCUCCCCCCAUCUCUCCCUUCACCACUGAGUGCAGCUUUAGUAAUUAUCCAGAGGAUGUCCUUGACUUUCCAUGUUUGAAUCUUGAAAGCUAUGAUCAAAUAGCAACGCAAACCAGCCUGGCAAGCUCUUUGAUGGAUUACUGUUCUGGUGAACCACAUAACACAGGUUCCUUCAACAGCCCCUUCACUCAAAGUCCCACAGAUGCAUGGAAUCCAGAGACACCUUACCUGGGAUCCCCGAGCCCAGUAAGUACCUUUAGUGAUGAUGAAGAUCUAAGCUUCCCGGAUCUUGUCUUUACACAAUCUGACACAUUCUCAUCUAGCAGUGGUAAUACAGCCAUGAGUUCUGCUCCUCUUCAAGACGCUGAAAAAGAUUUAUACUCGUCUGAAGGUGAGUUGUCAAAAAGUCCUACAGUGCUCCAGGUCCAGGAAGAUUCAGCAACACUGUUUCUCCGCAAAGACUUGAUCAUGUUUAAAAAUGAAUCUGCAAAUGCUAAACAGUCAGUACAGUCAACUGCACAUAUACAUCCUCAGGAGAAAAAGUUCAAUGUCCUUGAUUCCAUUAUUAGCACAAAGACUGUGUCAGCUGAGUCAUGCUUGGCUAAAAUCCAGGAGAAAGACAAAACUCAUGGACCUCUCAACUUAAGCUCUUGUAAAACCCAACCCGUCUUUCCGAGCCAGUCAACACAAAGCCUGUCUGGUGCUGGAUCUCAGAGUAACGUGGUUACACCCUUCCAUUCUCUUCACGUAGGUAGUAAGUCCACCUCACUUGCUGACUUACAAGGGAUGUUAAGCUCUGGUAAUACACUUUUUCGCAGCUAUGACAGGAGGCUUCCAUUUUUCCAGAACCAAAAGAAUGUUAUGAAAACUGAGGGUGGCCAGAAUGCAUGUAGAGUUUCUGUGGCUGCCAGCAACAACAAAUCUAGCAACAGCCUGGAAAGCACCUUCACUGGUCCAGGGGCAUCCUGUUCUGACAUUGGAAAAGAUUCUGCAGCUAAAUGUCCUAAUGCUGGGUUUUCUAGAUUGACUGAAAAUCUACAGAGAAGCACCAAGAACACCUCAUCAAAACAGUGCCCUGCUAAUCUUUGCCAGCAAAGAGAUCACAUUCACCCUGUUUAUUUCCUCAGCUCUAGCAAAACCACAUCGAAUGCUUUCAAGAACAUUCUAGGUACAGAGCCCCAAAUCUCACAGAAUGAUACAAAUCCUUCCUUGCCCGCCACAUUUUUAUUUUCCUCUACUCAAAAUCCUCAGUGUUACAGUACACCACAGAGCAAAAGCUCUAAAUUGGAGAAACCCCAUGCUGUUGUGGCUCCCACUCAAAAUGCUCAAAUUUCUGCAGUGUCUACUACUCUUCCUAAAACUCAGAUGAUUACAAAUGUUUCUCACUGUGAUACUUCUGACUUCAACUUAAGCUCCUCCCUUUCACCUGCUGUAUCAAAGCACAACAGUCCUCAACUGGGAUACAGGGAAUCCUCAACCCAUGAGAUCCCAGGGACUAAAACUCAGGCAAACAAAUUUACACACAGUCAGCUUCCUCACCAGUCUUAUGUUGUAAACUUUACAGGAGAUCAUUCUGUUACUUUGGGGUACAGCGAUGAUGGUGAAUGCUUGAAUUACACUGGUUCAAGGCCUGCAAAUUACACAUACCAUUGUCUCAUGGAGCCUUCUGGAACCCAAGGAAGGCUGGUUGUAGAGGCAUGUGGUCCCUCAAACCUCUCACCUUCUCCCUCUUUGGGUAGAUUUGAAGGAUCUAAAGUCCAUGGGGGCCAAACUGGUAAAGACCCACAGCAGCAGGGGCAGCCUGGAACUCACCCAUACAAUUCUCUACACUUUUCCACCUCCCACUCACAAAGCAACCCUGCAACGGAUCGCAAGCCUAAGAGACUGAGACUUGUGGUGACUGACGGUACAGUCGAUCUGGACCUACAAUAUACGGAUUAAAAAAUUGUUUGUUGUUGCAAUGCUGACACACAUAUUUCAGAGAUAAUAUUUAUUUACAUUCAAUGUGUUAAGGUGUUCUCUUUGUUUUCAUUAAAAUUGUACAGAAUUAUGUACAAUGCCCUGUUCUUAGCAUCAAAAGAAGAAAAAGAGUUUUUCUUGGAAUAUUUAGUCACAAUUUUAUCUGCACACCUGUUCAAUAGUUUGUAUACUAUAUUUAAAGAAGUCUGCUUUGUAUGUUAUUUUAGAUGGUAAUCUUCCCAUACCAGUGGGUUUUUUUAAAGGGGUAAUUCACCCAUAUUUACUCACGUUCCGUGGGUGUCAUCAUUUACUGUUGUUUCCUCUGUGGAAAAGAAAAGAUGUUAGGGACUGAUAGCGUCAGUCCCCAUUCACUUUCCCUAUAACGUUCAUCUUUUUCCUAUACAAUGAAAGUGAAUAGUGAAUGAAGUUAACAUUCUGCCUAACAUCUCACUUUGUGUUCCACAGAAGAAAGUAAGUCAUAUGACUUUGGAACAACAUAAGGGGUGAGUGAAUGAUGACAAAAAUUUUAUUUUUUUGUGAAUUAAGUAUUGAAGACAAAAGAAGAUAUUCUGUUUAACCUGUAGUACAUAAGACUUGCCACAUGAUGGGGAUGUGGCUCUCCAUGAUGGGGAAAUUAUUUAAUUCCCUCCUAGCAUUUUUUCAUUUCGAAGUCAUCUAUGUAGCUGUUAUAAAACGAUGUGACCCAUCAACAUAUGUGAAAGGAAUUUGCACAUAUGGCAUCUUGUUUCAUUGGGGUUGUACAUGAAUGACUAAGGCAGGAUUCAUGUGUUUUUCACAAUCCCCCCCACCCCGCAGUCAAACUUGCAUACAUUUGUGCAGCUUAUGAAAGACAUACUUUAGCAUAGCACUCAGGUGUCCUGCAUUUGGCUAUGGGGAUUCCUGUAUCUUGCAUAAGAGAAAUUAGCGGAUGCUACAUUAAAUACACACAUGCUCUUGUAACAAUCACAAGCAUUUCUGAAUCCUAACCAUCUAUUGUCAUGGUUAUUUAUUUGAAUAACAUCCCAUCUUAACACCCAAAUCUCCCACACUUUGCAAGUACAUUGUUUGAGCACAAUUGUGUUUUAGUCUUUGAUGCAUUUUUAACACCAAACCCUAGGUGUCUUAUUUCAGUUUCAUGGUUUCUUGUACCAUAUUAUGUAUUACUUUGGUACAUUGGGACACAAAUGUAUAUUUGUUAAGUUGCCACUUGUAUAUCUCUAUAGAGAAAUGUUUAGUGCCCUUUGGAACUGUUCAUUGAUCAGACUCCCUGUUUAACACUUGAUAGAAUAUUGUUACAUGUACUGUAGCUCUGUAGGUCUCCAUGACCCAAAGCCAGAAAUCACUGGCCAGCAUUAUGCUGUGUUAUCGUACCUUUUUCUCAGUCCAUGUCAGAGAUUCAAGGCGUUUGUUGGUUUUUCCUCAAUUUUGUGGACAUGAGAAAGUUUUGGGCAUGAACAUGUUUAUUGUAGUUGUGUUCAGCCUUGCCUCAGUCUAUAAAAGCCAGUCUAUUAAUUAUAUUUAUUUCAAUAUUUUCUUAACAUGGUGCUUCAAUAUAACUUAAUUUUUUUUAUUAUUGUACUGGACAUAAUGUAUUUUACUCCAUUUUUAAAAGCUAGAACUGAAAUUUCUGUUUUUGUUUUGGUAAUUCUUGUAUGGCCAUAUUGUUUGUUAUUUAGAAAAAUUGU